ACCUGAGAACCAGAUAUGAUGUAAACAUGGUGUGAAUCCACAAAAUGGGCUUUCUCCGCCUUAUGUAUCGAAGAAAGCACAUUUUAUUCUUGUUAUUGUGUGCAACUACGCUCUGGUUGUUUUAUUAUAUAUUGUCCUUUUCAUCAGAACAUCAAGUCGUCCAGUCUGCAAGUCAGAGUAGAGAAGCAUCAGCACAUCAGGGUCAAAAAAAGGUUCAGGAAACAGUGAGAAAAGCUACAGAGGCCAUACAUAAUGCAAAAAAUAGUGGGGUGAUACAGCCCCCUCCUAGGAGGGAUGAGGUUCUCCAACCCCCACCCCAUAGGGAGGAUAAAACAAAAGCUCCCAUCACUUCUUCUCCCAAAAAACAGGAAGACAAAGUGAGCUCAGGGAGCAAAACAAAUCUCGAAAGCAAAAAGAGCGAUGCCAAGGAGGAAAAGAAAGACAACUCAAAAUUAAAGCAGGAAAGUAAAAAUAUAACUCAAACGGUAAAAGCAAAGCAGGAGGGGAAUUUCGAAAAAGUGUUAAAAAUUGGAGAGAAACUGAAAAAUAAAACACUGGACUUAGGUGAAAAGAUGAAAAAUAAGACUAUGGAAAAACUUUCUCAGCUCGGAAUGAUAAAGACAUUAAAUCCAAUAAAAUUUAUUUAUGUCCCAGAUGUGUGGAAAUUACAAUUGACAAUGGACGAUCUCAGUCAAGUGAUGAAAGACACCAAUCAUUUAAGUAAGCAGGAGAAAAUAGAUGUUAAUUAUCCGAAACUGCUUCCAGUAAAGAGCAAUGUGACUGAGGGAAACCAGACUGUCGCCUUACGUAAGGUAGUGAUGGAAAAUAGGGUCGGAUUUUGUGAUUGUCGAGAUUACGAGUGUAUGUGUUGUUCUAGAGUGACUCACAAAAGAAUUCAAGUCAACAUGACAGGAUGUGCCAAUAUUACAUUUAUGUCCAAAUCUCAGGAGCUGGAUUUUAGAUUUUCAAUGGAUAAGAAACCAGUUUAUAAAAAGCAAAUUCCAGUUGAACCAGCUCCCAAGAUUUGUCUCAGUUCUCAUUCCAAAGUCGCAGACAUCUGUAUAGGAUUUCUAAACAUGACCUCCAAGGUCACAGUUCUGGAGGAUCAUAAGUUUUUGGUGGUGGGGUGUCUCGAGUUUAGCAUUAGCCUUUUUAACAAGACUGUCAGUGCUUUUCCAGUAGACUGUUUUCAGAUGCCAAGUCAUCAACAUCAUCAGAAAGAAGACAGUGUUAAGAAAAUGGCUCAGGAUUUUGGCAAUUGGGUGCCAUAAUGAAAGUGAAUGAAGUGAAACUCAUCGUAUUUCUGUAAAAGUUUGGCAGAUUUACAUGUAAAAUUUUGUUUGUUUCCCAUUAUAUCAUUUUGACAAAUAAAUUGGUUUAAAGAUUAUAUUCUAUUUUUUGAUAUAAUUUUGAAUGUUUUGAUUGAAGUCUAUAUGCAAAGAAUCUUUUA